AUGGAUUGGUUCAAGAAAACAGAUCCAAAAGAAGAAAUGCGUGCUAACAACAAAAUCAUUCGAAAAGCUAAUCGUGAGCUCGAAAGCGAUCGCAGACAGAUGCAACGAAGAGAGAAAGAACUGGAAGACCAGAUAAGAAUGUAUGCUAAGCAAGGCCAGAAGGAUGUUUGUGCUAAACUCGCUAAGCAGCUUGUGAAUAUGAGAAAUCAACGCACCAAAAGCGUUCAAAUGAGUGCGAACUUAACAGGCAUAAAUGCUCAGAACACGCAUAUGCAAAGCAUGAGUCGCAUGGCAGGUAUUAUGGGCGAUACAACCAAAACUAUGCAGGCUAUGGAUAAACUAAAUCCCAUUUCAUCAAUCGUUAAAAAUAUGAAAGACUUCGAAAUGGCCAAGGAUAAGAUGGAAAUGAGUGAAGAGCUUAUGAAUAGUACAUUGGAUGACAUGUUCAACGAGCCCGGCGACGAAGAAGAGCAAAACAGAAUUGUAUCUCAAGUACUAGAUGAAAUCGGUAUAGAAAUGAAUCAGCAGCUUUACAAUCUACCGAAGAUUAAUAAUUCCUCAACUGAAAAAUCGUCAUUAGCCACAGAAGAUGUCGAAAAAAUGCUCGCUCGACUACGAGAAUAA